CACUGUUUGUGCUAUUCUGUGAAAGAUGGCGGAGGCUGCGGCGGUUUCCCCGCAUCGGUUCUUCUGUCACUGUUGUAAGGGAGAAGUAAGCCCCAAGCUCCCGGAGUACAUCUGUCCCAGGUGCGAGUCUGGCUUCAUUGAGGAGGUAACAGAAGAUUCCAGUCUCCUAGAGGGCGGUGCUAACGGGAUGGAUGACACAGCCACACAGUUUGCAGAGCUGUGGCACCUGUUGUUUGUGGAGAGGCCAUUCACAGUGGAUGGUGACAGUCUAGACAUGGAACCCCGAGUCCCUGGUGGGGGAGUUGGGUCAGGGGGGUUAGGCCUGGGGGGGCUAGUGGGGUUGGGAGGGCUUCCAAUCGGAGGGUCUGUCCCUGCAGGACUCGGGGGGCCUCCUCUUCUGGGAGGCGGGGAACACUGGGGGCCUGGUCGCCCAUCUCGCACACACAGCCAGAGAAGGUUCCGCACCAGGGGUAGCAGCAGACCUGACCGCUCGCCUGCUGUAGAGGGGAUAGUACAACAGUUUUUGGCUGGUCUUUUUGCCAACUCUGGAGUCCCUGGCUCACCUCCCCUCUCAUGGACAGGAAUGCUACAUUCUAACCCAGGGGACUAUGCCUGGGGACAGGGGGGGUUGGACGCAGUCAUCACACAGUUGUUAGGUCAGUUUGAGAACACGGGUCCUCCUCCUGCAGAAAAGGAGAAGAUCUCCUCCAUCCCUACAGUCAAUGUGUCUCAGGAACAAGCAGAUUGCAGUAUGGAGUGUCCGGUUUGUAAGGAGGACUUUGCCGUGGGAGAGCCUGUCAGACAACUACCCUGUAACCACUUCUUCCACUCUGGCUGUAUAGUACCUUGGCUGGAAAUGCACGACACGUGUCCUGUGUGUAGGAAGGGGUUGAACGGAGAGGACAGCGGGACCCAGAACCAGCCUGAAUCCCCCUCUCUAAACACGGACCCCCGCACACAGGAGAGAUGGUCUUUCUAAAAAAAUUCACUGUCACGGCUCCCCUCCUUUCAUCCCUCCAUCCUCUAAUAUCAUCCCUCCUCUGACCUCUGCAUAUGGAGAGACGGUCAUCUUGAGGGACAAAUGUUUCAUUUCCCUCACACCUCAUUCCUGUUAUUUUUUUUUGUUGUCCCUCGUCCCCCCCUUCCCUACAAGCCGCUAUACAAAGGAGAGAAGGACAUUCUGAAGGAUACACCUUCAACUCUCCAUGUUGUCACUCCUUUUGUCUUCUUGGCCUGGCUGGCUGGUCUCAAUGCCUCUGGAAUCAUGUACACACAAUCAGUUAGCUGUCCUUUACCUAAUGUCAUGACAUAGCACUGUCCUUAAACAAUUCCUGGUCACCUUUUCUGCCAAUCCUUAUUUCUUCUGUGUUCCAUCCUCCUGAAACGCACUGUUGUAAUUCACCGUCUCUCCCUACCUCUCAACUCAAUGUUCCAGUGGCUUCUCUCUUUAACACCAUCUUUACUAACAUGGGGAAUGGUUUCGGUUUUACCUCGGCCCUCCAUUUGCACAAGUGUCCCAAAGUUGAGAAGGUGUGGGGUUUAAUUGGACCCCCCGGGGGCCACUUCCAGUGAGUCUGCAGAGACGCCAGCUUUAUGAGCCAAGUGAAACUCCAUAAGCCAUGACCUUAUUUCAGAUUGUGCUGUUUUCCACAAAGUAAUGGAGACAUUUGGGUACCAAAUUGAUACCAGCAUUUGUUUAUGUCCGAUUCCGAGACCUGACAUGAUGAAAUACCUCCUAAAUGUGAUUAUUCAGUUGUUACUGAGGUUUAUAUUUUGUAAAACCGAAGGAUAUGUUAUAAUUUCAUGCUUGUUUAUUAUUUAAAGUGGAAUUUCAAUUGUGUCAAAGUCACAAUUAUAUAUAUAUAUAUAUAUAUAAUAUAUAUAUAUUUCAUUAAUCACCUCGCCACUCUCUGGAAGUCACCCUCAAUUCUUCAUCAGCAAUAUGUGAUAAAGCAGGGCCCUCGGAGCAGGUAGGUGGUGGUGAGAUGGUUUGGAUUCAUGGUCGUUUUGUCACAUCGGUGCUGAUGACUAAAGGAGAUGAGGGGACACCACUUAUGAGUUAAGAAGGGCCCCUCUACUCAAACCCCCUUUUUUAAAAGCAUCUCACCCGCAGUAUGCUGUCAUUCUGGACUACAUAUUGCUAACAGAUAACAUACCUGUCAUUUUACUCCUUUGUUGAUGAGUUGUCUUUUUCACAUUUCUAUCACUCUAUUUUUUUAAUGUAAAUAAUUUUAGUCCAACUUCUGGUUUGAAUAGGAGAAAAAAAGAUUAUUGAGAAUGGAGACCAAUGUGAAUCCCUGGCAAUUAAAGUCUGUAUAUUAUUAUAUGAAAAUGUGUAUGAUGUAUUAAUAAUUAAAAAAAAUAUUAAAUAAUAA